GAUCCUUACUUCAAUUAUAGAACCACAAAGUUCCUGGCUGAAGAGGGUUUUUAUGCCUUUCACAAUUGGUUCGAUGACAGAGUGUGGUAUCCACUGGGUAGAAUAAUAGGAGGUACGAUCUACCCAGGAUUGAUGAUAACAUCAGCAACGAUUUACCGAUUACUCCAGAUGCUCAACAUUCCCAUAGAUAUUCGCAACGUUUGCGUAUUUCUCGCGCCAUUAUUCUCUAGUUUUACGACAAUAGUCACGUACCAUUUGACAAAAGAACUGAAAGAUUCAGCAUCUGGUCUGUUCGCUGCAUCAAUGAUUGCCAUCGUCCCCGGAUAUAUCUCGAGAUCAGUGGCUGGAUCAUACGACAAUGAGGGUAUUGCUAUAUUCUGCAUGCUCUUCACCUACUACAUGUGGAUAAAGGCUGUGAAAACUGGUGCUAUUUUUUGGUCUACCUGCGCUGCCCUCGCCUAUUUUUACAUGGUCUCCUCCUGGGGUGGAUACGUCUUCCUUAUCAAUCUCAUUCCCCUCCACGUUCUCACGCUGAUGGUCACUGGACGUUUUUCACACCGAAUUUAUACCGCCUACAGUAUACUCUACUGCAUCGGUACCAUUCUAUCGAUGCAAAUAUCUUUCGUUGGAUUCCAGCCAGUGCAGAGCUCCGAACACAUGCUUGCCCUCGGAGUUUUUGGAUUGUGUCAAAUUCACGCUCUAGUCGAUUAUCUCAGGAGUAAACUAUCUGAAAAUGAUUUUGACCUCUUGUUCCGAGGCCUGAUCGCCUCAAUGUUAACAGUAUCGUGCAUUGUGGGUGGCAUUUUAACGAUCACUGGAAAAAUAUCCCCCUGGACUGGCAGAUUUUACUCACUACUCGAUCCAUCGUACGCUAAAAAUCAUAUUCCAAUAAUUGCAUCAGUCUCUGAGCAUCAACCUACCUCAUGGAGUUCUUUUUACUUUGAUCUACAAAUCCUGGUGUUCCUGUUUCCAGUUGGAUUAUACUUCUGCUUCUCCAAACUCACGGACUCAAAUAUUUUUCUUAUUCUGUACGGAGUAACGAGUCUCUACUUCGCUGGUGUUAUGGUGCGUCUGAUGUUAGUACUUGCACCAGUGAUGUGCAUUCUAGGAGGAAUUGGAGCAUCUUCAUUAUUAUUAACCUACAUGAAGCAAUUGGAGAGUAGCAAAGUGAUCGAUAAAAAAUCCCGGAAAUUCGAAAGCAAUUACGUCCUCAGGAGUGAAAUUUCCAUGUUAUUCAUAGCUGUAAUGUGCAUUCUAUUUUUCUCUUAUACACUUCAUUGCACAUGGGUAACUGCUGAGGCAUACAGCUCACCGAGUAUAGUACUAUCAGCCAGAUCACCUGACGGUGGAAGAAUGAUAUUUGAUGACUUCAGGGAAGCUUACUACUGGUUACGUAUGAAUACACCCGAGGACUCGAAAGUAAUGUCCUGGUGGGAUUAUGGUUAUCAGAUAACUGCAAUGGCUAAUCGAACAAUUCUCGUCGAUAAUAAUACCUGGAAUAACACACAUAUAUCGAGGGUGGGACAGGCAAUGGCUAGCUCCGAGGAAAAAGCAUACGAGAUCAUGAGAGAGCUCGAUGUUAAUUAUGUCCUUGUUAUUUUUGGUGGAUUGACCGGUUAUUCAUCUGAUGAUAUCAAUAAAUUUCUCUGGAUGGUGAGAAUUGGUGGUAGCACGGAGGAAGGAAAAUCCAUCACCGAAUGGGACUACUACAAUCCCUCCGGUGAAUUCAGGGUCGAUAAAGAUGGCUCGCCAAUUCUCCUCAACUGCCUCAUGUACAAAAUGUGUUAUUACAGAUUUGGACAGGUGUACACUGAAGGUGGAAAGCCGUCUGGUUACGACCGAGUACGUAAUAUGGAAAUAGGAAACAAGGAUUUUGAGUUGGAAACGUUGGAGGAGGCCUACACCACUGAGCAUUGGCUCGUUCGCAUUUAUAAAGUUAAAGACUUGAAGAACAGGGGAAAUUAGGAUAGUUCAAGUGAAUCAUCCACAACACAUUCCACUCACGUGGAAUUUCCGAGUUUUCAUCACAUCCAUAUGUCACCUCGACUUAUCACACCAUGUGAUGGUAUUACGAUUAUAUUUCUCUUUGUAUUUUGUUCCUCCUUCAAUUAGUUCAUACCGUACAAAGUACUAAUACAUGCUACGUAUUUUCUGUAAUAUUUUACAUACAGUAAAAUUUUUAUAUAAAAAAAGAAUAAUUGAGAUUGAAGGAUAAUUUGAUAUGUGAAGGCACAAAUAUAAGUCUCAAUACAUGACGCAGUUCAUA